UGAACUGCGAAUCACUGAAUCACUGUUCGAGUGUCCCCGCUGCCUGCAGCUAAGAGAUCUGCACGGGCAGAGCUAAAGAAGCUAUUAACAGAGACUGCGAAACAACACCCACCCACAGAAAAGACGAAACGCUGCGCUGGCAACGCUUGUCGGGUAUCUGACUGCAGACGCCGCUUAUUGUAGUUUUGGAGUGGAGAUACAAGUUUGCAAGUUGUAAGACUGAGCAGAGAGGGGACUUCAAGUUUGCGUGAAACUGAGAAAGUUUCGACUACAGCAGUCCCUUGGGUUAUGAGUACAGCACAUCAAAGGUUGUGAUGAUGAGAAUCUGCUUGCUGCUGUUUGCUUCCCUGCAGAGUGGACUGAUCUACCAGGCUGAGGCACAAGGCACGUGCAGGAAUGUGGCUGCAGCCGACAUCGUGUUCCUGGUGGACGGCUCGUCCAGCAUCGGCAGGAUUAACUUCCGUGAGAUCAAGAGCUUCCUGGAGGGAAUCAUGGCUCCCUUUGUCAGCGUGGUGAGCGAGACGGGGGUUCGAUUCGGGAUGGUCCAGUACAGCGAUGACUCCAGAGUGGAGUUCACGCUGUCCCAGUUCCUGAACGGGAGCCAGGUUCUGUCUGCGGUCCGAAACCUCAAGUACAAAGGAGGGAACACGCGCACCGGAGCCGGCCUCAAGUUCGUAGCGGACAACUUCUUCGGGCCCACCCUGAUCCGACGAGACGUGCCAAAGAUCGCGAUUCUCAUCACUGAUGGAAAAUCACAGGACAAUGUGGAGCAGGUGUCUCAGAAACUGCAGAGUCAAGACAUCAAAAUGUUCGCGGUCGGUAUCAAGAACGCCGAUCAGAGGGAGCUUAACCAGGUGGCGUCGAGACCCUCUUCGGAGUUCUCCUUCUACAUCAACGACUUCAAGAUCCUGCGAACGCUGCUGCCCCUGGUGACCCCGCGUGUCUGCUCCAGCACGGGAGGGGUCUUCACCAACGACGGCGAAGACUUCACUGGACCCUCCAGCCUGGUGUUCUUUCAAGAGACCUUCGAUUCGAUCCACGUGCGCUGGCCCGCGGCAGGGGGACCUGUCAUUGGAUAUAAAAUCCAGUACACACCCCUCACAGGCCUGGGGCAGCCAAUCACAGUGGAACUCAGAGAGGUCAGCGUGGGGUCAGCUGACACGACGAGCGUUCUGCAGGAUCUGAAGUCAGCGACGGACUAUCUGGUGAGCGUGAUCGCGCAGUACCCCAACAGCGUGGGCGAGUCGGUAUCCGGCAAGGCGCGCACCAAGUCUGUUCCCAGCGUGUCCAAUCUGCGGAUCCUGAAGGCGGGGCAUUCCUCCCUGCGCCUGGCCUGGACCCCGCCCACUUCGCGGCCGCAGGGAUACCGCCUCACGUACAGACCGCGAGGACAGACGGGUGCCCAGCUGGAUGAGAGGAGCCUGAGUGCGGACUCUGCGGAGGUCACAGUGGAGGAGCUGGAGCCCGACACGGAGUACGUGAUGACCCUGUACCCCCUGUACCCCCGGAACACCGCCGCCCCCACCUCCGUGACGGGGCGCACCUUGCCUCUCCAGGGGGUGCAGCAGCUCUCAGUCCAGCCCGUGUCUUCGCAGAGUGUCCGUGUGCAGUGGAGAGGAGUGGGAGGGGCUAGCGGAUACCGCAUUGUCUGGGGACCAAUCGCAGGUCGUGAUGUGAAAAAGCUGGACCUGCCCAGUGGAUUGGAGUCCUACACCCUGCAGAGCCUGCAGCCCGACACUGAGUACAUCGUCACCGUCAUCGCUCUGUAUGGGACGAGCGACGGACCCGCCACCACUGCCAGGUUCAACAUCGAGAGCACAGAGCAGCAGACCCUGCAAACCUUCAGCAUCGGACCCAGUUCCAUCCAGGUCACCUGGACCCUGAUCCGGGCUGCGCAGGGGUACCGGUUGGAGUGGAGGCGGGCCGCGGGAGGGGAUUCCCAGCAGGUGUCGUUCUCCACCAGCACUAACAGCUAUGAGAUCGUUGGGCUGCAGCCGGGCACGGAGUACAUCAUCACCCUGUACACCCUGUACGAGGGCAGGGAGGUGGCCACCCCGGCCAGCACCUCCCAGACAGUGGUGCAGUCAGUGGGCAGUGUGACUGGCCUGCGUGUGUUGGAGACGCUGGGCAGCACCGUGCAGCUGGGCUGGACUGGGGUGGCUGGAGCCACUGCCUACCGCAUCCAGAUCAGCAGCUCUGAGGGUGACUCGGAGGUGACCAGCAUUAUUUCAGGGGACCAGACCACCUUUGACCUGCAGGACCUGCGCGAGGGCACGAACUACUUGAUCAGAUUGACAGCGCUUGUGGGAAACAGGGAGGGAAACCCUGUCAGUGUGAGCGUCAGGGCAGAGGAGGCUGCAGUGGCCGGAGUGACGAGUGUGAGGGUGGUGGAGACGGACAGCUCCCGGGUCAGAAUCACCUGGACUGGCAUCGCCAAGGCGACGGGGUACCGGAUCAGCUGGCAGGGUGAAGACGGCAGGGAGACGUCUCGCGUGGUGCCCGGAAACACGACCGUGUACGACAUCAGGGGUCUGCAGGAGGACUCGGGGUACACUGUGGGGGUGUCUGCGCUGGUCGGGACCCGAGAGGAGAACCCCGUCACUGUGAGCACCAGGACAGGUCAGGGGCAGGUUACCGUGGGAACAGUGAGCCGUCUGCAGCUGCUGGAAUCCCGCAGUGACGCUGCCAGGGUAUCGUGGGUUGGGAUUCAGGGAGCGACGGCCUAUCGGAUUGUGUGGAGGCGGGCAGACGGCGGUCCGGAACUCAGUCGCUUGGUGUCCAGUGACGUCUCUUCCUUCGAUCUCGAGGGCCUGGACGCGGGUGUGAGCUACACAGUGGGAGUGACCGCUCUGAUCCGCCAACAUGAGGGGUCGCCCGUCACCAUCAGUGUCACCACACCCCCCGAGACUCCGCUGGUAGGCAGGGUGGGGAACGUGCGUGUGAUCGAGUCCUCGGCACGGCGGAUACGCGUUGCGUGGAGCUCCGUUUCCGGGGUGACGGGAUAUCGCAUCUAUUGGAGGUCAUCACAAGGCGGUCCGGAGACGAGCCGUCUGAUUGGUGCGAACGUGAACUCAUUCGACGUGGACAGCCUGCAGCCGGGCGAUCACUAUGUGAUCAGGAUCGUGGCCGUGUCGGGGAGCACAGAGGGGGACCCUGUGACUGUCACCGCCACCACCACUCCUCUGCAGGCAGUGACAGGGCUGCGUGUGACCGAGGUGUCCAACAACACAGCAAAGGUGGAGUGGAACCUGCUGCCCAGAGCCACCUCCUACAUCCUGAGCUGGAGGCUGCCCCAGGACCGGGAGGCCCUCCAGAGGAUCACUCUGUCCAGCUCCUCUGGUUCCUAUCUGGUGACGGGUCUGCGCCUGGCCCAGGAGUACAGCUUCACACUGCAGCCCGUGUUCGGGAGCGAGGCGGGGCCCGAGAGCUCCACCGAGGAGAGGACCGUGUGUGGUGCAGCCCGCGCUGACAUUGUGUUCCUGGUCCACGGUUCGAGAGCGAGCGGUGACGUGGUUGAGGCGGUCCGUAGCUUCCUGUACAAUGUGGUGGCCUCGUUCCCUCAGCUGGGUCCCGAGGCUGUGCAGGUGGCAGUGGUGCUGUACAGUUUCAGGGGUCAGAGUCGGGCCUGGAUCCGCCUGAAUCGUCAUAGCGAUCUCAGAACCCUGCUCCAGGAGAUCCAAGCCAUCCCAUUCGACCAGCCCAGCGGCAACUACAUAGGCGAGGCAGUGCAGUUCACUCAGGAGUACAUCCUCCAGGCCUCCGGGGGGCGCCGGUCGGGGGUCCCGGGGAUCAUCGUCAUCCUGUCCGACGGUAAAUCUGCGGAUGACAUCAUCGCGCCCUGCAGGGCGGCCAAGGCGGCAGGGCUGCGGGUGCUGGCAGUGGGGAUGGGCGAGGCUGACCAGGAGGAGCUGCGGAGGGCCGUGACGGACAGCAGACCCGGAAACAUCCUGUUCACUCGGGACACCGACGAGCUGAACAAGAACGAGGCUGACCUGGCUGAGCUGCUCUGCGGACUGGCCACCGGGGGGCAGACACAGAUUCCCAACUCUGGUGGUUGCACAGUGCAGUGUCCCAGGGGUGAGAAGGGGGAGGCAGGAGAGAAGGGUCGGAAAGGUGCAGAUGGACUGCCAGGACUGAAGGGAGAGCCUGGUCGGGACGGAGCGCCGGGAAGAGACGGGACCCCGGGACCAGCGGGAAACCCCGGGCCGCCGGGCCGCAACGCAGAGAAUGGAAUCGGCCUGCGAGGCGAGAAGGGGGAGCAGGGUUUCCCAGGGGUGAAUGGGAUUCCGGGAUCACCGGGGCGACCAGGGAACUCAGGACCCCCGGGCCUGCCUGGUAGCCAAGGAUUGCCUGGAGUUCAUGGAGAACCAGGGGAGUCUGGCGUCUCUGGCCCUGUCGGCCCGAAAGGAGACAAAGGAGAGCGGGGUGAGCCAGGUGCAGUGGUCGGAGGAGCGUUCCCGGGAAGGAAAGGGGAGCCGGGAGUUCCUGGAUUAUCAGGUACCCACGGGACUCCAGGUGUCGACGGUGCGAAAGGGAAUGCAGGCCUCCCAGGACCCCCCGGACUGGCAGGCCGACCUGGAAUACCUGGGACCCCCGGACUCAGCAUCAAGGGUGACAAGGGCCAGCCCGGUGAGCGAGGUCUGCCGGGCGUGGGGAGCGGAGUGGCAGUGAAGGGGGAUCGGGGGGAUCCUGGAGCUCCGGGUUUAGCCGGCAGUCCAGGACCCAGGGGACCUCAAGGCCAGCCUGGGAUCAAAGGAGACAAGGGGGAGGCUGGAGAGGGGCUCCCUGGCCCGGCAGGACGAGCGGGGGAUCCAGGAGAUCGGGGGCUGAGGGGACUGCCAGGCGAGAUUGGCAGCAAAGGAGACAGAGGUCAGCCUGGUAAACCUGGUGUCCAAGGAGACAGGGGAGAGCGAGGGCUGGCGGGAGCUGCAGGAUUGAAGGGAGAAGUUGGUCCGCCGGGCCUGGCUGGUCCUCCUGGGCUGAGGGGGUUGCCUGGUCCCAGUGGUCAGCAAGGAGACAAGGGAGACUCGGGAUCACCCGGGGAACCUGGGAAUGCUAUUAAAGGAUCUCCGGGAAGCAAAGGAGACAAGGGGAGUAUGGGGCUCCCGGGCCCAGAGGGUCCCAAAGGUAUAAAAGGAGACCCAGCCGAGAAAGGGGAGAAGGGUUCGGUGGGGUUUGGGAUCCCUGGUCAGCCUGGACCCAAAGGAGAUUCCGGAGAGAGGGGAAAUACCGGCCUUACUGGAAAACCUGGAGUUAAGGGAGACCGUGGAGAGCCUGGAGAGAACGGAGAGCCUGGGAAAGCAGGAACUCCGGGACAGAUCGGACUGCGAGGGAAGGAGGGAGAGAAAGGAGACAAGGGAGAUGAAGGAACGCCGGGGGAGUCGGGUUUACCAGGGAAAACCGGAGAGAGAGGUCAGAGGGGGUUGCCAGGGCUGGCCGGCAGGGCUGGAGAGAAGGGAGACAUGGGAGAUCCUGGAGAGCAUGGCAGAAAUGGCAGUCCUGGACCGCCGGGGCUGAAAGGAGAACGAGGAGCGCAGGGUGCACAGGGACCGCCAGGGCUGCCCGGGAGAGUGAUUGAUAUGGAGAGAGGGAUCCAGGGGCACAAGGGAGACAAGGGUGAUGCUGGUGACCCCGGAGAGCAUGGGGCGAAAGGGGUGAAGGGUGAGGGUGGCCCCCCUGGUCUCGCAGGUGAAAGGGGUGUUGAAGGCCCCAGAGGGCCACCAGGAGCGAGGGGUGAAAAAGGGGACCGAGGCAGCGCUGGGGAAGCCGGUGAUCGCGGAGCCCCAGGUCAGGAUGGUAGGAAUGGACUGGACGGGAAACCAGGAGCUGGCGGACCCCCAGGCCAAAGAGGUGACCAGGGGAAGCAGGGAGAUCCCGGUCGAGAUGGUCUGCCAGGAGCGAGGGGGGGGGAGGGUCCUGCAGGGCCAAUUGGACUCCCUGGGACUUUGGGCUUGCCUGGUAACGCAGGAGAGGAUGGAAAGCCAGGAAUACCUGGAAAGAGUGGGGUGGAUGGGACCCCAGGCGAGGAUGGCAGAAAGGGAGAGAAGGGAGAAUCUGGAGCAGCUGGGAGAGAUGGCCGGGAUGGAGUGAAGGGGGAGAGGGGGGAGCUGGGUCUGGCUGGCUCUAUUGGCCCAGUUGGACCCCCAGGGGUCCCUGGCAAUCCUGGUCCCCCAGGACAGGUGGUCUACAUGAAAGGACAGGAGGUCACAGCUAUCCCCGGACCCCCAGGGCCUCCAGGAACCCCCGGUGUCCCUGGAAUACCCGGAGCCAGCGGCCCCAGGGGACAGGUGGGGGCAACUGGAGCCAAAGGAGACACAGGAGAUCCCGGGGAGGAUGGGAGGCCUGGCCGGAACGGAGAACCAGCGGAUAUUAAGAAAGCGCUGUCUUCCUUUGGCAUCGAGGUCUCCUUGCUGAAGGAGAUUCUAAGCAAGACGGAUUUGCAGACUGUUGGAGAGGCUGGCGCCCCGGGACAGAAGGGAGAGAAGGGGGAUCAUGGAGAGAGGGGGCACACUGGAGACAGGGGCCUCGCGGGCAAGGACGGUCUGUCAGGGAUCCCGGGGGAACGUGGACAGAGGGGAGAGAAGGGGGACCCUGGCCCUGCUGGACCGACAGGACCCCCCGGCAGGGCAAUCGGAGAGAGGGGCCUCGAGGGCCCACCUGGCCAGGCAGGAGAGCCCGGGAAACCAGGAAUACCAGGAGUGCCGGGAAGAGCUGGAGAGCAGGGAGAGACAGGCAGGCAGGGAGACAAGGGUGAUCGAGGUGAUAAAGGGGACAAAGGCGACCAUGGCAGGGAUGGAGUCACAGGACCCCCUGGCCCCCCAGGACCCAAGGGAGAGGCGCAGGAGGUCUCGGGGCCCAGGUUACCCGGAGAGAGGGGGCUGCCAGGAGUGGCAGGACAGAAGGGAGAGUCGGGAAUCCCUGGCCCAGUGGGACCCAAAGGAGACAAGGGGAGUGAAGGACCUCAAGGAGAGAAGGGAGGGAGAGGAGAGUCCGGAGAGAAGGGUCGGGAUGGCUUUGCGGGGUCCCCGGGAGAGCCAGGGCAGCCCGGGCAGGAGGGGAAGCCGGGACCACAGGGGGACAGCGGGCCUCCAGGGCGUGCAGGAAACCAAGGUGAACCCGGGACUCGCGGCCCCCCGGGUCCAAUAGGUCUUGUUGGCCCCCAGGGCCCCCCCGGUCUGAAGGGAAAUCAAGGAGAACCUGGGGUUGGUGUACAGGGACAGUCGGGACCCCAAGGCAACAUGGGAUUGCCAGGACCUCCUGGUCCUCCAGGAGCUGUGGGCCCCCAAGGUCCGCCAGGGUUGCCCGGACAGCUGGGAGAGUCUGGGAAGCCUGGCGUUCCAGGGAGAGAUGGUACUCCCGGUAAAGAUGGGGAGGCGGGGCUGCCGGGGAAAAUGGGUGUCGCAGGGCCGCAGGGGCCUGUGGGGCACAAGGGGCAGCAGGGGGACCGUGGCCUACCAGGAGAGACUGGAAUCGGCGUGCCAGGGGCGAGAGGAGAGAAGGGAGCGCCUGGCGAGACGACGGGCGGGGUGAUGGGACUGAGAGGCCUGCAAGGAGACCCGGGUGAAAGAGGAGAGAGGGGGCUUCCUGGCUUCAGAGGAGACAAGGGCGAGCUGGGAGAGGCAGGAGUGCCUGGCGAGGAUGGUGCCAAAGGACAGGCUGGACCCAAAGGUGACAAAGGGGUGGCAGGAGAGGGGCUGCCUGGUCCAGCUGGUCAACCUGGACCCCAGGGGCUCAAGGGUGAUCUUGGUUUGCCAGGCCCUGCUGGACCCCCGGGACCCCAGGGCCUCGCUGGGACCCCCGGUCUGCCAGGUCAGAGGGGUGACAACGGGCAGCCAGGAGUUCCAGGGCUGGUGGGAGAGAGGGGUUUACAGGGGUUCCCUGGACGAGAUGGCACCUCAGGAGCGCCGGGACCACCCGGACCCCCGGGGGCAGCGGGUCCCCAGGGUCUAGCUGGCAGCAAAGGAGACAAGGGGGACAUUGGUGUCGGCCAGUCAGGCCCGAGAGGAGAGAGGGGUGACCAGGGGCCCAGGGGAGAGGACGGACGACCUGGGAAGGACGGAGAAAGGGGACAAGCAGGAGCAUCUGGAAGUCGAGGGGAGAGAGGAGACAAGGGCGAGACCGGGCCAAUGGGUGAAAAAGGAGACAAGGGUGAUACAGUGACAGUCACCGGGCCACCAGGAAUCCAGGGGAACAAGGGAGAAACGGGCGAUCGCGGCCCCAAAGGGAUGCAGGGAGAGAAGGGGCUGAAGGGAGAGGAAGGGCUGUCAGGCCAGCAGGGUCCGAGCGGAGAGCAGGGCGAGCGGGGGUCCCCAGGGUUCCAGGGGGCCAGGGGGCCCAGCGGGCAGAAGGGUGAAGCUGGGGCGCUGGGGGUCCCAGGAGAGCCUGGCUUGCCAGGGAAAGACGGGUUCUCAGGACCAAGAGGGGAGAAAGGGGAAGUUGGAAUCACUGGCAUGAGGGGGCCCAAGGGUGAUCGUGGAUUCAAGGGAGCGUGUGGGAAGGACGGGAUGACAGGAGAGAAGGGUGAUGGAGGUAUUCCUGGCAGACCUGGCCUUCCCGGGAGGAAGGGAGAGCUGGGAGAGGCCGGUAUCCCUGGCCAGUCUGGGACGCCUGGGAAGGAGGGUCUGAUCGGCCCCAAGGGUGACAGGGGGUUUGACGGGCAGCAGGGACACAAGGGACAGCAAGGAGAAAAAGGAGAGCGGGGCGCCCCUGGAAUUCCAGGCCCCCCCGGCUCGAGAGGCACGGAGGGGAUCCCUGGGCUGACAGGCUCCCAGGGGCCAGUGGGACCCAAAGGACCGGAGGGAAUACAGGGGCAGAAGGGGGAGCGAGGUCCCCCAGGAGCUUCUGUGAUGGGGCCCAGAGGACUCCAAGGGAUUGCGGGGGAAAGAGGAGAGCAGGGGGAUCGCGGUGCAGACGGUUUGAGGGGAGAGAAGGGGGAGCCCGGCAUGAUGGAGAGUGAGAUUCGCUCAUACGUCCGCUCUGAGAUGAGCCAGCACUGUGCCUGUGGAGACUCUCCAUCUCGUCCGCCCCUCCAGUCCUUUCGCACACGCUCCAUCCCGGUGCUGCAGCUCACCCGCUCGAACGAGGAGGGGAGGGAACUGCGUGUGGUGGUGAACACGAACGACCCGGACUAUGAACACGUCUAUUCCGUGGAGAACUACGAUGAUCCGGAAGAGGAGGAGCAGGAAUUCUACCCCACAGUCACCUUCACCGAGGGUGAAACGAGCACCACGGACCCAGUGCAAGCAAGGCGACGCAAACGAGCUUCCUCCGACAAAGACCCCUGCCUUCUGAACCUGGAUGAGGGCACCUGCUCCCGCUACACACUGCGCUGGUACUACAGCCCCAAGGUGGCAGAGUGCCGCCCGUUCAUCUACAGCGGCUGUGAGGGGAAUAGAAACCGAUUCAGCACCAAAGAGGACUGCGAGCUGCAGUGUCGGGACACCCCCAGAGACUCCGUGGCGGAGCGAGGAGGGAGGUGAGAGUGACUGCAGGCUACGAGGUGACCGCCGUCCUGUAAAGUUUACAUCCCGAACACUUCAGGAACAAGCAAUUCCCCUUUCUCUCCUCCCACGGCUGGGAUCACUCCCUCAUUUCAGAGAAGGACCAACUCUCCCCGUCUCCCCCGAAUCCUGGUACAAAAUAUUCCCAACUUGCCAUUCCAAAGAUGAUCGUAAUCCAUAUCCGACACUCCAGAGGAAAUAUUCCCUACUUGACAUUCCGAAGACACUCAGGAUUUGCAAAUGUGUUCAGCCGAGUGAAAAUGAACCAGGCCAGCUUCACUCUCAUUCUCUCACUGUGGUUGGAGUUUGGAUUCCUGUUUUCAAUUUCUUUAAGGUGGCCAAGCUGAAAUCUCUCUGGAGCACUGAGACGCUGAAGUCACACAUUAUACAGGUGGAGUAAUCCCUUAUAAAAGUUUCCCAUCGUAAAAGCACAGUAAAGCAUAGGUAAGCAUUGUAAAGACCCUCAAGGUAUAGUAAAGCAUAUUAAUAAAUACGACAAACCAAGGUAAAACUAAGGUAAAUGCAUAGGAUAACCAUGAGAAAAGCAUGGUAAAACUGCACAAAUACUGAGCAAAAAUGGCAUGGUAAACUCUUAUAAAGGAUCACACACAUUGCAUUAGCCUGAAGGGUAACAUCUGAACUCCUGUAACAAUCUCUAUUCCCCUAAAUACCAAAGCUCCUUGGUAUUUGUUGUUAAGCAGGAACUCUUUUCUAGGUUCCGCUCCUUGUACAAAAUAAAAACAGUUCUGGUUUUUCAAACUUGCCAUCUAGGCUGUCCUUCCCUCACCUUUACAACAGAGUUCCAGUCAAUGGAACAUGGAGUGUUUUAAAAGCCAAGAUUAAUUUUCCUCUCAUCCGGGGAUAUUCAUUUGUUACCAACACAAAGACUAUAUCAUUUGAACUUCUACAGAUUCAGGGUUCUCUGUUGCGUUACAAGUGUUCAGUUUUAAUACAGAGUUACAGAGAGUUUUCGUUUUGCUUUUUUUAAACCCCAUGAGAGACGGUUGCAGACUUAUUCCUUGGCCUUGAUUGUAAUUUUGGGAGCUCAGAGUCACGUAAAUAAAGAACACUUCAAAGCGGAUGCUACUUCCCCCGUUAGCAGUCCUGUCUUGCAGUAGGCAGCUGUCCGAUCCACUGUGGCUGCAAUGAGCCUUGCUGUCGCUGCGUACUGCAAAGUUUCUUGAUGAGAAGGGGAUCUGCUGUUUUUAUUAUGUAUAAAAUAUAUAUUUUUUUUUUUUGUAACAUUGCAUGUCUGUCACUGCAAACAAAUAUGGUGCUAUUUUUUUUUUUUAAUUGUCAUUUUUAAGUUGCAUUUUGUUUUUAAAUUAAGACAAAACGGAGUGUACACGUUAUGUAAUUACGAAAACUAAAAAAAACAGAAGUAUUGUUCCACAGUCCUUCCUAUUGCAAAAAUUGUAAAAAAAUAAAAAUAAAGAAAUAAUCCAAUUCUGAACACACUGAACGUUUAUUUAUGUGUUUAAUAUUGAGAACUAACAUGAUUGUUAAGUAUGCACACUGCAAUACAGUGAGUCAGAGAACAGAUACGAAGACAGCAUGAGACACAGCAGUGUGCACAUGUAUUAGAACACCUGAGGAUACACCUCCCCUCAUUUAUAUCCUUUAUAUACCUGCCUGCAUGAAAACCUUUACACUUCCACUCAGUAAUCAGUGCUAUAGAAACAAUAGGCACGCAUAUGGGAAAAUGUUACACUAAACAACUUCUAAAAAGUCUUAUGCAUUUUACCAUUUGUGGCUAUGAGUUCCUUUUCUUUUGCUAUUGUAAAUUAAUUGCAUGUCUGGCCUAUCAAAGUCCUCAAUCAAAUUAGACUAAUCACUAAUUUGCCUAUUUUGACAGUUUUUCAAGAUUUUCAGUUAGUGGUUUGAUUUCAUUGCACAACCAAUCAAAACCCCAGAAGCAGUUGAGUGUUCUAAUAAAUGUGCACACUGCUAUACCAUGUUAAGGUCAUUACAACAUAAUGCAAUUUGCAACAUUUUCUGUUUAGUUAAAUAAAAUUUAUAUAUAAGUGACAAAGCGGGAUGUUUGCCACAUGCAGGACCGUGCCUGUAUAUUUAUUUAAACAAGACA